AUGGCCCCAGUCAAGCAGGAGCGCAACGGCAGGCAAGAGCGCGGCGACAUCAAAUCCCGCAGCAAGCAAGAGCAGCGCAGCCGAGCUGGACAGAAGAAGACACCCUGGAGUGCCGAGGAGGAGGCGAUCUGGCUCUCGCUCGUCCAGAAGACGCUCCGCAAGCACCUGCUUCCCAUCGUCCGCGCUGAUGGGCGCCUGAAGCAUCGCUGCAUCAGCACGCAUCUCGGGGCUAUGGUGGGUAGAGGCUUUGGAGCUCCGCUGACCCAGCAGAUCAGCAAUAUGAAGAAGAAGGGGAGUCUGUGA